AUGCGAGACAAUUUGCCGAUUUUGGCGAUUUGUGAGUUUUUUCUGGGUUUUGGGACGAAAAUUCACGUUAUUGACAUCAAAAGGUUACUGUAGAUUCACCAAAAUUUUCCACAGAAAAAUCUGGAAUAAAAUUGUUUAUAUUCAAAAUAUUCCAGUGAUCCACGUGGUGCUCGCCGAUUUCGAUCAAUGCACUUCGAUAAAUGGUGUCGGCACCAAUUCGCCCACUUUUUCAUCGCCAAAUUUUCCCGGAAAGUUAGUUUUUUCAUUAGAUAUCUGACAAAAAAUCAAUAAUUUUGCUGAAAAUCUUCCAGCUAUCCUCCCAACGUGGAUUGUGUUCGUGUGAUUCAAGCGCUUCCAGCUCAUGAUAUUCUUGUUAAAUUUCACUACAUGUUUCAUGUGAGUUCCCAAAAAUAUCUGAAAAUCCUCUGUGAUCUAAAAUUCCAGAUCGAAUCAACAUAUGAUAAAUUGGAAGCCGGUGACGAGUGUCCAAAUGAUUUUAUAGUGAGUCUGGUUUUUUAUUAGAAAUUUUCGAGGGGGAAAGCUGCGAGUAAACAAAAACAAUUUCAGGAAUUUCGCGAUGGACGUUACGGGUUUUCGCCGCUGAUUCGGCGGUAUUGCGGAAAUCAGAUGCCAAAAGAGGAGAUUCGCGCUGUUUCCGGGUUUUUGUGGUUGCGCUUCAGAUCGGAUUCGAUGCUGGAAUAUCAAGGAUUUUCGGCGGAAUACACGAAUGUGGCAAGUAUUGGCGGAAAAGUUAACACACAUGGUGAGCUAGCGGAUAAUUACAUUUUUUUUUGACUUUAGGCCCUAAAGUCUAAAGUUUAGGGUGGAAAUUUAAAUUGUUUCAGAAUGUCUUAUGGAGUAUUUGAAUGGAUUGGAUGGAUUUAUUCGAUCUAAAGAUCUAAUCUCAAGUUUGGUAAGUUACUAGAAAAACAGUAAAAAUCUGAAAAUGUAAAGAAAAUUUUUAUUGAAAUUUUGAGUUAAACAAUUCCACAAAUUUUCUGCCAAAAUAUAAUCUUAAAACUUCGAGACAACAUUUUUUGAACAUUUUGAAAAUCACAUUUUCUUAAAUUUUUAGUCAAAUCAAAAUUUCAAGAAUUUUCAGCCAAAAAACGCUUCUGGAACACUGGAUUGUACUUGGAAAUUGCUAGUCGAUCCAAAAUAUCACAUCGCAUUUUACAUCAAAGAUUUCCAACUGAAAAAUCCCAACCAAUGUAGUGAGAAUUUUUUUGGAGAUUUAUUCAAGGGACACAUCGAGUAAACCAUUAAAAAAGGUUGGAUAUUUGUGAAAAUUGACUAGAACAACAAGAUUAUCUUUCAGAUUCUGCGGGCUGACUGCUAGCGAUGUUUUUUCGCCAGCAAAUGUGAUGUAUGUUCGGAUUUAUCUAUCAAAUGUUCAAAAUCUCAACGCAACAUCAAUCACAGCGCUGUUUUCAUCCUACGCAAGACGUAAGUUAAAUUGUCCCACAAAACAACUCACCAUAAGAAUUUCCAGUAAAAAACUGCACUCACGAGGGAAUGUUUGCGUGCGGCGAUGAGAAUUGUGUGCCAAAAGUUCUUGCGUGCAACGGGCGGCCGAAUUGUCCGUAUGGUCGAGAUGAGCACAUUUGUUCGGUGGCUCAGGAUACGGUCAAGAAUUUCAUAUGGAGCGGAUUUGCUCCGCUGUGUUUUUUGGUGUUUUGCGUAUUCGUUGCAGUUUCGCUGAUUUGUUUUUAUACAAUUCGUAAAAAUCGAUGUGCUUUACCACCGCUCAUCUAA